AUGGCCAGCAAGAGGAAAUCCACGGUCCCCUGCAUGAUACCAUCCAAAUCCAAACAUGCACGCGAGGAAAUCAUUUUGGGCUCUCUUCCGGAGCUCCUACCGACAAUCCCAGAAGAUAGCAUACUCAGCAUCUCUGGAGAGGAUUCUGGCCACUGUUCUAAUAAGUCUGAGUGUGCAAGUGAGACACAGAAAGGAGGAACCUACAGCUGUCCCCCCUGCCAUUUUGAAUCCAGAGAUCUGAACUACUUUUUGGAUCACAUGCACAACUGCCACUUAGAUUUUCGAGCCCAGCCCACAUUCUACUGUCUGAACUGUGGGAUGUCAGUAGUUCGCUUUGAAGCUCUGGCUCUGCAUAACGCCACUGCCCAUCCAAAAAUAAUGGAGGGCCUGGUCACUGCCUCCCUGAUGGUCAACAAAAGGGAUGGCGUCACCACUGUGGAGCAGAACCUAUUUACUGACGGUGUGGAGGAAAAAGAAAUUGGAAUUUCCUUAAUCAAAACGCCCAUCGCAAAGAUGAAGCUUAAGGGGGAUCAAAAGAAGAUUGUGAUUUCUCACACUGUCGAGGUACGAAAAAUAGAUACUGGAAAAGAUAUAGACCCCAGCAUGCUGACAAAUGUGCCUGAAAUGCAAAAUGGGGCUCUUAGUCGCACUGGAGCCUCCACUAUGCCGAUGACGUCUGUCUCUCACGAAUCUGCGACGACAGUGUCCAACCAUGUCUUUCACCAGCACACUCCCUCCCUUUACUCCUCCCCCUCCUCUGAUUCCAAUAAGGACCUUCCAAAGGUGAUGAUCCCCCUUAGCAGCAUCCCAACUUAUGAUGCGGCCAUGGACACCAGCAGCUUUCUCAAGACAUCCUUUGGCAAGUUCCCCUAUCCGACCAAAGCUGAACUCUGCUACCUAACCGUGGUCUCUGAGUUCCCAGAAGAGCAGAUAAAACUGUGGUUCACAGCACAGAGACUCAAACAGGGCAUAAGCUGGUCUCCAGAAGAAAUAGAUGAAGCCAGGCGGAAGAUGUUCAAUACAGUGUUCCAAGGUGGAGCACCAAAAAAACUUACUGCUGCUCCUCGGCAGGUCAAUCACAUCGUCCACCACACAGUUCAUCCCAAUUCAAAAGGACCAAACUUCCCAAUGGCCAAAGUUCCUUAUGGUAUCAUGAAAGCCCGACCUAUGGGAAUCAUUUCUAAACAUCCAAACAUGUCAACCAAUCCAAAUGUCACCAGAGUGUCCUAUUCUACUUCAGUCCUGCCGCCAAGAUUCCCACCUGCUGCCAGACCCUCACCAGUACUUACCAAGAAUAUCCAAGCCACUGUGGAGCUAGACAAGAGUAAAGGCCUGAGUCUGGAGCUGCCUGUGAGCAGUGCAGUUCUCAGCAGCAGCAGCAACAGUCGGAGCAGCAGUUGUAACAGUAGCAUUAGUAAUGGUGAAACUGUCAACCGAAGACAGCAAGAUAACAACAAUAGCCAGGCCAACAGUUCUGCCAAUAUUAGCAAUAAUGUACACUGUGUUGCUAAAAUGAAUGGCAAAGAAACUUGUUCACCAACUGGAUUGGGAGAACAAAAUGGUACCAAAAACCCUAUAAACACCAGCAAAUCCAGCCCCAUUUAUAACAAUCACAUCAGCGGCACGAACAAUCCUCCCGAGAAGCCCCGUAACAGUUUAACAGAUGACGAAUGCAGCAGCAGUCAAAAAAACACCAACAGCAGUGUUACCAGUGAAUACACCACAAGCUGUGACGAUGCUGCCUCGAGCCUGAACCAUGCCAGCAACUCCCCAACUGACAACACCAGCACUACAGUCAUCACUAAGAACAAUUUAGCAGUUUCAGAGGAAAGUAAACUCAACAAAGACUUUUCUAUAAAAGGCAUGUCAAUCCUACAGCAGCUCAUUAAGGACGAAGGCCCUCUGGCUGCAGACACAAAUGGGCCUGAGCUGAAACUGCAUCCGCUUAAUAUAAACUUCAAGAGGAUAAAGAUGAAUACAGCAGAGAUUCCUCCUGAAAGUGUACAAGAACACAAGUCUGAGACAGCGGAAGGGUCUCAAACAUCCUUUUCUCCUCCGUGGAGUAACAAGAGCCCACAGCAGCUGCACGUCCUCAGACAGGUGUUCUCCAGCACACGCUGGCCAAGCAGCCAGCAGUACGAGGACUUGAGUGUUCAAACAGGCCUGCCCAAGUCCGAGGUCGUCCGCUGGUUCAGUGAUAGUCGGUACAGCCACAAGAAUGGGCAGUUAAAGUGGCUUGAUACGUAUCAGCGCCUGCCUGCAAACCCUGAUACCCAGACAGGCCACAGGGAGACUGAAGCAGAAUUACAAAAGGACCUUCUAGACAAAAAAAUACUUGCAGACCAAGAAAUGAUAAAGCACCUUGAAGGAGGUUUGAGCUCCUCUCAGCAGAUGGUAUGGCAGGAUUCAUACCCACCCCUGCUUGGUCUGAUGGGGUCCAAGGACAGCAGCAUGCGAGGAGCUCACGAGGAGCCCACACCCAUGGGAGUUUUGCCUUGGUCAGAGAGCACAGAGGACCACCAGCAACCAGCAGCCGAUCAGUCACUCAUUGAACAGCAGAUUGACACCAGUCAGGCCAGGGACCGCCUGAGGAUGGAGCUCCUGGAGGUGUGA